AUGUACAACAUCAGUACUGAAAAGAGUACAAAGGAAAUGAAACCAGUUACUACUACUCAUGGUUUUGGAUUGAGAAAAGGUGCAUGGACUGCACAUGAAGAUACGCUUCUUAAGAAGUGUAUUGAGAAAUAUGGGGAAGGGAAAUGGCACCUCGUUGCUCUUAGAGCAGGGUUAAGCAGAUGCAGAAAGAGUUGUAGACUGCGAUGGUUGAAUUAUCUCAGGCCAAAUAUAAAAAGAGGAAAUUUUGGUGAAGAUGAAGUUGAUCUCAUACUCAGGCUUCACAAGCUUUUAGGAAAUAGAUGGUCAUUGAUUGCUGGGAGAAUACCGGGAAGAACCGCUAAUGAUGUGAAGAACUACUGGAACACAAAUAUUCACCCUCGUUCCAAACAACAAAAGAAAAAAUCUAGUGAUGCUAAACCCAUGCAACACAUCACAACAACAGUUAUUAAGCCAAAACCACUUGCCUUCUCCAAUACCCUAAACCACUGCAUGGAUGACAACCCCCAGAUUAUGGCCCAUGGAGAGUGUAGCCUAAUAAGAACAUCAAAUGAUGAUGAUAAUAACAACUGUGAUAUAUCCUUCGGGUUAACGUCAUCACCCACUGUACUUGAUGACAAGGGUAAGGAGUAUUUAGACGACUUAUUUGAUGAUAUUGAAAUGGAAGAUGGCAAAUUUGGGUGGUUGUUUGGUGGUUCUCCGGUGGCAGGACAGGAAUUAAAUGUUGUUGAGCAAGAAGAUGGCCAAAAUGAUCAGUUGUUAGAAUUUCCAAUGGAUGAAGUUGCGUGGAAGCUUAUUGAUUAG